GUUUAUUUUGAAUACAGCAAGCAUUAAAGGAAAACGUGCAAUAGUGACGGGAGCAAGUACAGGUAUAGGGGAACAGAUAGCAUACUGGUACUGUAAGCUGGGAGCUAGAGUCUUGGUCACUGCUCGUAGAGAAGCUGUACUACAAAAGGUUGUGGAAAAAUGCAAAGAUCUUGGAGCAGAAGAAGCCUUCUACAUGCCCCUGGACAUGGGCCGCCUGAACGACACAGAGGCACUCGUCAAAGAAGCAGAGAAGCGUUUUGGUGGACUAGAUUUCUUAAUUCUGAAUCACAUCUAUUCCAACUACCUCCACCUAUGGGGCAUUAAUGAGAUUGACCGUCUGCAGAAGAUAAUGGAUGUCAAUUUCCGUGCGUAUGUGAGCCUAGCAACUUAUUCCACCCCAAUGCUAGCAGAGAGCAAGGGAAGCAUAGGGGUGGUGUCUUCAGUGGCAGGGUUGAUAUCAGUGCCUUUAUACCCAUCAUAUAGUGCCAGUAAAUUUGCCCUCCAUGGAUUUUUUGGAUCCUUACGUCAUGACUAUUACUUCAAACACAUGGAUAUUUCCAUUACAGAACACAUCAUUGGUCCAAUCAAUACAACCAAUGCAGUGAAGUUUUCCAAGGGUGUUUACGAGCCUUCUAUGUUCAGCACUACUUCAGCAGAUACAGCAUACCGAAUCAUAGAAGGCACUGCUAUGAGAGAGAGAAUGGUUUUCUUUCCCAGAUGGGUGCAGCCAAUCACCAUGGUUCGGGAUCUAAUUCCUUGGUUUGUUGAGAAUAUGAUGAGAGCACGCAUCACAGACGAUGCUAUUGAAAAUAUGAAAAAAAUCCCUAAAAAUUGAUGUUAGCAUGAGACUGACUAGCCUGUAUUUUGAAAUCUGGUGUCGUUUGAAUCAUGGAUAUCAAUUUUGGUUUCUUUUAAUAAUUGGGUGUUUUCAUCAGUCACUGUGACCACAUAAACCCUACUUUUCAUAAAAAUAUCUCACCUUGUUUUCAAAAGGUUGGAUCUACCACUUGGGAAUUUUAUGCACUUUAAAAAUCCAUGACUGAGUAAUUCCAUAAUAUAUUUACAGAGUACGUUCCCAUAAUGGUGGACCCAACAUUUUGAAAAUAAGAUUGGAUGUUUUUCACAAUGGGGCAGGUUGUGCAUUCAAUCAAUUAUCAGAUGGUUCAAAGUAUUAAAGCUGGUUUUACUAUGGGUAGUGAAAAAUUUCAGAACUGUUAUGCAGUUCUUGAAAUUUAUGUGAUUUGAAACCACUGUAAACACAAAAUAUCCAAUUAAUUGUAUCUGUGAUUAUCAUGUGUUAAAAAAACAUACUAAAAAUUGAUUGUAGAGGUUUUCUCUUCCUAUGUUACACAACCCAGAGCCCUGUAACAUGAAAAGUGUACACAUUACUUUAUGGCAAACAGGGAGAGAUAUCUUCCAAAAAGCAAUAUGAAGGCCCCAUUGUAUAAAGGUUACUAUGAUAGUAACAUUGUAAUCCAAUGGUAACUACCAUGGUAACAUGGUCCAACAGCCAAUCAAAAUCAAGGAUUCCAUGCUAGUCACUAUUGCAUGGCAAAGUUACCAUAAUAGUAACUUUUGUGUAACGGGGCCCUGAGCUAGAUUUUAGUCCUGACAUAAUGUCAAUGUGGAAUCAUGGUAUGUCCACACAGAGCACUGAUGGUAUCAGUUGGUAUCAGUUGACCCUGUUUGAGGUAAAAUCAUUUCUUAUAUUUUCAUCCUGUGUUUGAGCUUUACUUUCAGAGCUCAUUCAUAGCUGGCCACAGAUAUGUAUACAGUUGCUCAACUUGGGUAGGCCAGACAGAAUGUUGCAGUGGCUCUUUGUAACUAGUGGGAAGUGAUUCAGAUCUAUCAUAGUCUUGAUGAGCAGGCAGCAACAUGGAAAAAUUAACCUUUUUUUACCAUGAGACAAGUAGAGGUAGUUUGUGCUUUUCCAUUUUCUACAUGAUUCAAAUGGGUGUGUUGUGAUUGGGAGGGUUUAUUAAGAAUUUUUUAACAUGUUGCUGAUCUAAAUGUAUGCUCCCUUUUUACUCCAUCCUCAAAACCGUGGUGCUGCAAUGCUCCUGAAUUCAACUGAUCACUGUCCUUCUCUCCGCUGAUCUAAUGAGUUUUAGAUCGUGAUAGUGGAGCAGCCCUUCAGUGGAUCGGCUUUUGUGAAUUGGUUCCGAAAGCAACGUUUCUUUAUGAUUUUGAAUACUUGGUAUUGAUAUUUUGAUGUCCAUGAAUUGCUUCUCGGGUCCCCUAUUUAAUAAUGGACUUAUAAUUAUAGACCAUAGUAACAGGGCUCAAGAUAUCAUAAUUGUAAGUCUAUAUGAAAUAGGACCUAGGCCUCAUGCCUUCAUGUUCAAGGAGAACACAAAAUUGUGUAUUUAAUUGCCAAAGUUGAAAUUAUUUGGGUGGAAUAAAUCAAUGGUUUUUAUGUCACAUUUGGCUAGCCAUAGUUAUGUUGAGACAUGCUUCAAGAUUAUAAACCAGAGUUUGACAUACAGGCAAUCGAUUCAUAUUCAGAAAGAUCAAAUACAAGAGAUGGUUAACCAUGUCUUGUAUUUGAUCUUUAUAUCUAAACCAAAGAAAUUUAAUUGAAAUUGUAUAUGAUUGAACAAUGAAACCUAGUCAAGUAUUAUAACAUUUUUUUCUUACAGUCAAUCUUUCAAUUUUUAACAGUAUUAAAACGGUAAAUUGCCAAUUGGUCCACUGCCAACUCGUCCACUCACCACAUGGUCUACCUUCAUUUAGUCUAAUGCCAUUCUUUCAACAUUUCGUCUAAUAAACAUUUGGUCCAAUCAUCACUUUGUCUAAUCACCAGUUCGUCUUAACCAUUUCAUCUCAUAACCAGUUGGUCAUUCAUUUUGCCCAAUUAACACUUGUCUUAAUUAGACCAAAUGGUAUAUGGAAUGAAUGGCUACAAUGUAUUAGACCCAACUGGAUAUUAGACAAAAUGGUGAGUGGACGAAAUGGCAAUUAGAUCAUGUGGAUUUUGGACGAACUGAUGGUAGAACAAAUGAUAGUUGACUCGUUGGCAGCAAUUGGAUGAAUUGGCAUUGGACUAAAUGGAAAUAAACCUAUUAAAACACACUUGUACUAAUCAAGAUUUGACUUCAUUCCUCCCAUGAAUCAGCUCAAUUGAGAAAGUACAUUUAUCUUUGUAUAUGUAAAGGUUGCUGUGGUGCUGGCAGAAGUGUAAGUAGUUUUUUUUUUUUUCAAUGAUGAAAAUUCCACCUAUAUUUUUCCUUCAAGUUUAAAAAUGUUUGACUACUUUAUUAAUAUGUUAUGUUAACGGUAUAUCACAGCAAUGAGUUCUUGCAAAGUUCUCAUUUCAGAUUUGUAAUAAUUUUAAUCAUACUAUUAAAGGAAUCAAUUUUGUUUUACCUUAACUUGCAAUACCAUUUCUACAUGUAUGUCUACUUUGAAUCAAGUGAAAUGCUAGAAAUUCGAAGAUUAUCUAAAAAGUUAACAUAACUACCUCAAAUUGUCAUGUGUAUCCUGCGAUGAAGUACAUGUGAGGAAUAAAAUUGACGUCAAAACAAGUUCAAGUUCAUUUAUAGGUUAGGUCAGGUUAGUAGCUUAACAGAACUGGAAGAAAAUAUCAAAAUACAGAGCCAAUCUUGUAUGCAAGCCCUUAUAUUGAUGAGUUAUGUACAAAUGUAUUACUUUGUGCAUGACCUGCAAUAUCUAAUGCUGGUCUAUUUUACCUCGGCUUUUGGCAUCAGAACGAAACAGUUGUGUGAACACAAUCCAUUUAAGUCCAUGAUAGAAUAAGCACCAUUUAUCUAAUGGGUAAUAAUUGAAGAUGAAAAGUUGAAAAUAGUAUGACAUAGAUUCUGGAACAAACUUUAUAUAAACAUAUGGGAAAUUAGUAUACUUAAAGUAGAUCGUUUACUAUGGUAAUUGUACUGCUUUAAUAGGCAUAACCAAUUGAAGAUAGAGUUGACUGUAUAUGUUUAGAUACUGUACUACAUAAAAUAUGUGACCCUUGCACAGUAUGUUUAAGAACAGGAUUUUUAGUCAUUUCAUUCCUGCAUAGGACAAAAAUUCACGUCAUUUAAUUUCCACCAUUAUGAAAUUGUGUUUUUUUCUUUUCUAUUUUGAUACCUAAUGUAAAAUGAAAGGGUCCCAUAGAUGAACAGGAAGAGAAUUGAAAUUUAAUGUCAAAAUUAAGUUGUGCAGAAAAGUUGGUCAAGAUAUCUGUAAAGGGAAUAGAAAUUUCACUGUUAUGAGAGCAAAAUUGAAAAUAAAAACCUUUUGAUAAUUGUGAUAUAUUGAUCUUUAUAUAAAAACAUAAAUCUGCCUAGUAAAACAUUAUUCAGUACUUUCAAAUACAUGCUGUUCCCGUUUGUAGUGAAAAUAAGUUGUUAAGAUUAAUUGAAAGAAAUGUCAAUUAUUUGUAUUACAAUUUUAUGAAAUCUGUGAGAAAAAAAUGAAAGGCAAUAGACAUAUUUCUAUACAUUGUUUAAUAAACAGAAAUAAUUCAUUUGA